CACCAAAGAUCCGAAAAAGAAACGCCGUUCCGUUGCGCGCAUCGACCCGGAAACUCUCACACGGAUGGUGAAGCACAUUCUUUCGUUUUCUCAAGCUCUUUCUUGGGGCACCAAGGAACUAAGACAAAACGGAAAGACUGAGACAAUCACAUUCCCAAGACUCACAAGAACACACCCAGUGGAAGUGAUGUUUAUGGAUUACGCAAGAAAGGAGGCAGAGCUCAAGGGAAUUGAGUUCAACGAGGAGCGUCAACCACCUCAACACACAACCUACUACCUCCUUGUCAAGCAUUUGACACCAAAGGCUGAGAAAAGUAUCACUUGUAUUGACUAUGUCCAGGAUAUCUUGGUGAAUGUUCAAGUGACUGGGCUUACAACAAUUAUUGAGCAAGUCGUUGCCCCAACUCAGCAGAAGGCAAUGCAGCGAUACGUGUUAGUCCUUCAAAACUUUCUGAAGUACCAAUAUGAUGGGCACCUUGAAGAAGGAUCAGUAAUUUGUUCCCACAGCAUCAACUAUGGCCUAAGAUUGGAACAACAAAGUUAUGAAGGCAAUAACUCAUCAAACUGUGUUCAAAUCCAAGGCAUCAAACAUUGCCCCGCGUGCAAGUUUGUUGAGUACUUCAUGCGUGUUAUACUUCCUGGUGAAGUGAAGGAAAAUCAAAGCUCAGCAAACAGUGCCAGCGUUGAAGAUGCAUUGGACUACAUUGAAGACUCGCUUGAUUGCUUCCAUCGCUACCAAGCUCAUUGUGUACGAGUGAAAAGUCAACAAAAAGCAAUUCAGCAAGUAGAUCUUAAACUCAAAGAGGAGGUGUUGAGGAGGAAACAACGCGGCACAACAGUAAAAAUUACAAUGGACUUCAAGCAAAAGCUCUUGGAAAAAAGGUUGCGUUCAAGCCAAAUGAAUGACUUUGGACAGCGAGGUAACAGUUGGCAUAUUGGUGUCAUAGAGUAUUAUGACUUUGAAGCGCCGUGUCAAGCCAAUGGCAAUACAGCCCAAGCAGUUCCCAUGAUGUUCCCACUUGAUCAAAUUCUUGAUACCGGGAAUAAACAAGACGGACUCUGUGUGUUGUCAAUGCUAGAAGCGAUGAUGAAAAUUGUCACAGUGCAGUUCCACUUUGUCGAGAGAAUUAUAUUGGCUAGUGACAAUGCCAAUUGUUAUCACAGUAAGGAACUGAUCUUCCCCAUCUGCUUUCUCAAUCAGCUAUCAAGCAGCCCAAAGAUUAUCAAGUACAUUCACCCUGAUUCACAGGAUGGAAAGGGUUUGUGCGAUUCUCAUGCAGCGGUUGCUGGGACUCAUGUGGAUCGGCACUAUAUUCGCACCCAAAAGGACGAUACGCUCACAAAGAACGAAGCUUGUACGCCUACAGAACUCGCCAACGCAUUAUGUACCAAUGGCAGGAUAAACCAGCUCUCCAGGGGAGGGGAAAUCGGUAUGGAGCUUGUUCGUUUGGGGUUCGGAACAGAGAUGUUUGAUUUCCGAUUGUCGUUGGUCUGCGCAAUGGAUGUAGGUGUUUUUAUCCCCACAAGCAGUGGGAGUUUUCGGGCCACCCGUUGUGUAUGCGGAGAUCGGGUCUGCAGAGAAAGCCAGCAGAGGUUCAAGAAGAUGAAUGAUGCUAGGGGCGGUUUUUUCACAGUCCCUGCGGAGGUUGGAAGUCGCAAAGAAGCAGGAGGGAGCGGAAGAGGAAGAGGAGCAUCAUUUGCAGCAGAGAAACGGAAGAUGAUUGACAUGCAUGUCAGUGGAAAACCAAUUCCGAACGGUCGAUGCUUUGUUGCAAUGCUGCAUUUUUCACCAAUCAUUCUGAAGUCCAAGUGCAUGAGAAGAAGAGGCAAGGAUUACACAUACUGUUGGCUCUUGAGGCAAAGGGUUAGCGGCGAGUUGGAAGAUGUGGUAGCGCCAAAUUAUCCUCUGGUAGAUGUGCUGCGAGAUGUGAGGGAAACUGAAAAGGCCCACAGUGAAAGGCCUGUUUACACUGCUGCAUCAAAGAGAAGUACGGAAGAGAUCGUUCGGCUUUUUGUCGGGGACAGAACAAAGAUGACCCAAGCCGAAAAGAAAAGGAUGAGGGACUUUUCUCAUUUCAUGAGAAGACAGAUCAAGAAUGGAAGGCGACUCCCCUUGGAGAAGGAAGCACGAUUGGAACAAAUUGGAUUCUUCCGUAAAUUCCCAGUGGACAUUGUAGAGGCAGCAGGUCUGCACAUGAAUGAAGGUAAAGGGUUGUUAGAGGAACCUAGAAAACAACAUGCAACCGAGAGAAUUUAG